AUGUCAAGAAAUAAGGUGAUAUUUGAGAUCAACAGGAAUUUAUGGCAACUGGUAAAGUUAAAGUUCUCAUGGUUAGAUAUCCCACACAGUUGUCCACUUUUGGUUCAGUUUUUGGAGAAGUAUAAACCACUAGUAACAAGCAAAGCAGUAGAAUGGAGUUGUCCUCCUAAUGGUUGGUAUAAGUGUAAUACAGAUAGGGCAUACAAGAGCAGCACAUGUCAAAGUUCAUCAGCAUUUUGUAUCAAUAAUAGUGAAGGAAACUUAGUGCAUUCUUGGGCAAGCAUUAUACCAGAAGCAUCCUGUAUUGUUGUUGAGGCAAGAGCAAUUCUUGAGGGGGUAGAGUAUUGUGUUGCAAAUCAUUUGCUUCCUUUGAUAGUGGAAACAUAA